AUGGAUGAUAUAACGGCACAAUAUUUAACUAAAACAAAUAACACCGUAUCAACUACUUCUAUUAGGCGUGUUGUUAAGGCGGAAAGUUAUUACCACCGCUGUCAAGGGCAAUGUAAAAUAGUUGUCGAUUGUGAUUUCGCCCAUUUAAUAAAUGAAAAAGAGAGCAAAAGCCUUGCUAUACAGAUUAUGCAAGCAUAUGGCGCAAGUAGGCGGUCUGAUCAGCCCAUAUCACUCGUUAUAGCUGGUUUAAAACCUGGAUUCUUGAUGAAAGCCCUAAGUAACAUAUCUGGAUACCCUAAUUGGCUAAUUACACUAACUAGUAAAUCCGUGGAUGAAAUUUGCAACUCUGAUAAUACGGUGUUUUUAUCAGCAGACUCUUCCCAUUCCUUAACUGAAAUAGAAGCUAGUAAAACUUACGUUAUCGGAGGUAUAGUAGAUAGGAAUCGUCAUAAAGGGUUGUUUCACAGUAAAGCCAACAAACUUGGAUUUAAAUCCAUGCGAUUGCCCAUAAGGGAACAUAUAAAUCUCACAGGAUCUCAUAUAUUGAAUGUACACUCUGUCUUUGAGAUAUUCCUCAACUAUUACAAAUACAAUGGAAAUUGGCAACAAGCGUUACUAAACGCGAUACCGCAAAGGAAAUUAUCCAAACAACAAAUUCAAACAACGGAGAUGGUUUAA